AGAAACAUAAGUUUAGUACUUGCCAUGUGAGGUCUCUUAAUUAGAAGCAUUUUUCUUUACACUGUAACAAAUUCACUUUUGGCAUUUUUGACUUCUAGCAAGUCUCAGCUGUCAAAUAUCUCUUACUGUGACAGUUUCUGAAUACGAAAACAGCAAUCCAAAGUUUAUACUAAAAUGUCUUCAGAUGCCAUAUGCACAGCUUCUACUAAAUUUAAAUUUUAGUGCAAUAUUAUUGCAUGUCUUCAAUUUGUAGCAAAUGUAUGAUUACUAUGUUCCAGUUUUAUUGCCCUUGGGAGUUAAGGAUUUGGCUGCUAUACCCCUUUCUACUAACCUUGCUUUUCAGAGGUUAACAGGCAGUGAAGGUGAAGACAUUAUUUCUAACACGCUUAGCACUGACUGGUUUUGGGAGGCUUAGAAGUCUUGGUAACCUGAUUAGAGAACAGGUUUUUUUCUUCUGUAAAUGUGUAUCUGUGUAACAGAACAUACUCAAUAGUUUGUUAUUGUUAUCUCCCUUGGAAGAGUGUUGUGAGAGUAAUUGUGAAAUUAGCCUCAAAAUGAUGCGAGAUCAGCGCUGAAAAAGCAGGACUUAUCUGCUGGAGUCUCUUGGCUCUGUUGGAGUCCAGAAAAAUAAGCUGUUAUUUGCCAGAACUGUUUUGUGGCAUCGAGAUGACUCAGGAGACAAACCAGACCCCAGGGCCUAUGCUGUGUAGUACAGGAUGUGGAUUUUAUGGAAAUCCUAGGACAAAUGGGAUGUGUUCAGUUUGCUACAAAGAACAUCUUCAGCGACAGCAGAAUAGUGGUAGAAUCAGCCCAAUGGGAACAACCAGUGGUUCAAACAGUCCUACCUCAGACUCUGCAUCUGUACAGAGAGCAGACACUAGCUUAAACAACUGUGAAGGUGCUGCUGGCAGCACAUCUGAAAAAACAAGAAACGUGCCUGUUGCCGCUUUGCCUGUAACACAGCAAAUGACAGAAAUGAGCAUUUCAAGAGAGGAAGAAUCAACACCGAAAACAGAGACUGAGCCAGUUGUUACUCAGCCAAGUCCAUCAGUUUCUCAGCCUGGUACUUCAGAGAGUGAGGAGAGAGCUGCUGAACUGCCGAAACCAAAGAAGAACAGAUGUUUCAUGUGCAGGAAGAAGGUUGGCCUUACAGGAUUUGACUGCCGUUGUGGAAACCUAUUUUGUGGACUUCACCGUUAUUCUGACAAGCAUAACUGCCCAUAUGACUACAAAGCAGAAGCUGCAGCAAAAAUCAGAAAAGAGAAUCCAGUUGUGGUGGCUGAAAAAAUUCAGAGAAUAUAAAUUAAUGUGCUUGUGAAAAGACUGACUGACUUUUUGUGGGGCUUUUUUUUUCAAUACAUCCUAAAAACCAUGAAAAGAGCAGGUGCAUGGUCAUUUUCCUUUCUUUUCGAAAGUUUUACUUCUAGUCCUGUCUGUCUGAAUGAUACUUCAAAUGUUUGGGUGUUUGUUACAGACAGAAUUGGAUAGAUACAGCCCUUGAAAAUGUAUAUGCCCUCCCCAGAAUAGAUGGAUGAUCAGAAACCUGCACAGGAAUACACAUGCACAGAGGACAGACUAGUUCACAUGUGCCAAAUAGAUUUAUUCAAUCUGCAUGUGUGCAGCAGCUCUGCCUUUUGAGAUGUGCAUGAGGUAUUUAAUGUUCGGCUAAUGUUAUAUGCCUGUUUAGGAGAAGGACACAUCAAAACAGUUGGCAGUCUACUUCUAUCAUUUAAAAUCUCAUUCUACUUUUAGUUGUCACACUCCCAUUUUAGUUUUCCAGCAGAAUGCAAGCUGUGUAGAGGGGUCUACCAUCACAGUAAGAUGAGCAUCUUUGCCAUAUUUAAGUCACUUAACAACUGCACUGAGAACAAUGGAAAAAAUCAAAUACAUAUGAGAAGAAAGUUGUUUUGUAAAAGAUUACGUUAACUUUAGAAUCUUGGAAAAAAGUUCCCAAAGGAAAUGUCCCAUUAGGAGCUUAAGAACUGGCCUGCAGAGUUGUCCGCUUUUCGUUGCCUAGCUAAAAAUGUUGUGUAGCACAAUAUUGUAAGAUUGGUUUUCAAAACACAGUUUCAAAUGUUUCUAGACAUAUCACAGCAUCUCUAUCAAGCAACAGGAGUCUGAAUAAGUUGCUGAAAUACUAGAGGAGUUUAUUAUUCAUGUACUACUUAUGUUCUGUGUGUUCCAAGUUCAAAAGAAUAUUAGGAAUUAAUUUUUCUAGUUUUAAAUGUAACAGUUGCACCGUUCUGCAUGGAAAACCAUACCUAACAUGGCUGCUGUAGACUUAAAUGGUAGCUGGAACCACUCUUGGAGGGCUGCUUUAUCAUUUUUAAUUGUACUUGGGUAUAGGACUGUAGUGUUCUUGGGUGUAUUGCAUGGGCUGCGUUAUCUACGGCAUUGUACAAUAACAACUAGAAAAGGCAGUAUUCUUCACUGAUGCUUGUCUGGUAAUAUAUAUCACUUCUGUGUUAUAAUGGAAGGGGUUUUUGUGAUGUAUGAAACUUGUGUUUUUUAUAUAAACAAAUACGGUUUAGACUAGUGUUGUGGUAAUGUCUGUUCCCAUCUGUAAAUAGUUACAUACAUACACAAGGCACUACUCCUACCUGAUUUUUGUUGCCAGUGUUCAGUCUUGGUUUUUACUUCACUACUAAAAGCAUCAGGUUUUCGCUUCUAACUUUGUUCUUCUGAGUUAUUAGAUAUGCAAACAUGUACAGAUAGUUCAUAUUUAUGUAUUGCACAUAAGCUACAGCAUCUAUGCUAUAUUGUAUUAUGUAAAUAAUAAAAAUAAUGUACAGAAGGA